AUUCAUACACUUUUUUAUAUGUCUUUCAAGUUUUUGCAUAAUAGAUGUUUUCAUUUAUGUUAGGCUGGGAUUACAUGAUAGGCAACAGUGAAACUGCUUAUAAUAAAGUCGCUUCACUUGUAAUGGGAUUUAAAGAAUCCAUUCUUGAAGAGAAAGAGCGCAAAAAAGACGAAAGAAAUUGGAAACGAAUCGCUUUGAGAGUAUUGGCGAACAUAUUGGUUUUGAUGCUAUUGGCCUCAUCCAUAUAUGGAGUGGUUCUCGUUGUGGAGCGCUCUCAGGAGCCCAUAGAGAACCCCUCGUGGCUCAGGGCUAAUGAGGUGACACUUGUCGUCGCCGGCAUUGGAAUUGUUUUCCCCAAUAUAUUUGAUUUGAUUGGAAAUAUGGAGGCAUACCAUCCAGCGGUCACUCUUCGGUGGCAGUUAGGCAGGAUUUUGAUAUUGAAUUUUGUGAAUAUGUAUACUCUCAUGUUAUCAUUGUUUGGAAAAACAACAGACUUAACUAACAUAAAGUACAACAUAACAUACAAUAAGUAUUUAGAGGAAAGUAUAGCCGUUUCGACGGAAGUACACAUUCGGUUCAAGAGAGCACCCGAUGGACGCAUUACUGACUACGAUUAUAACACUGAAGACAUAACUAGUACUCUACACUCGCCAUCGGUUUUGGUUGAUCCCUACGCUUAUCCCGCAAUCAGAGAAAGUCUUCGAGUGAAUCAAAUUGAAGGUCGAAAUGGGAUUGAAGAAUACAGUACUACCGAAGCGAUCACUUCCACAGAAAUAUAUAUCUGGGAGGACGAGGACGGGUCCGAAGACUACGAAACCACUACAACACUAGUCAUCGAUUUGAACGGCAAUAGUACUGUUAAUUACACGACAACUGAACGGAUGAUUAGUUCCAACACUUGGACGCCUACGGAGACGACGACAGCUCAACACAGACCCACUCCUCGGACACGACCCGUACGGAGACGAACGACUCCAAUGACGACAACUACAGAACAAUGGAAGGGAACCGUUGUUAGUGUCAACACCUCGUGGUCUGCGGAGACAACAAUCAGUCAGAAAAUGAGUCCCGAAGCGUAUCGAUUGAGUUUAGAGCAGGACUGCAACGAUCGACACAAAUAUAAUGUUACCGAAGAAGACGUCAACAAUUUGAAUGAGACGGACAAAGACAAACUCCGCAAACUCUGUUGGGAGACAAUGUUUGGUCAAGAGUUGGUUAAAUUAACGGUUAUGGAUAUUGUUCUCACUGUUAUCUCCAUAUUAAUCGGCGACUUCUUGAGGGCUCUUAUAGUCAGGUAUUGUAACGACUGCUCGUGUUUUUUCUGGGAUCUGGAAAAGAAGUUUCCCGGAUAUGGAGACUUCAAAAUCGCUGAAAAUAUAUUACAUUUAGUCAACAAUCAGGGAAUGAUUUGGAUGGGUAUGUUUUUUUCGCCCGGAUUACCGGCGCUGAAUACGGUUAAACUAUGUCUGUUAAUGUAUGUGAGAUCAUGGGCUGUCCUCACAUGCAAUAUACCUCACGAAACCGUGUUUAAGGCCUCCCGAAGUAAUAAUUUCUAUUUCGGUUUAUUGUUGUUAAUGCUAUUCGUAUGCACUCUACCGGUCGGCUAUGCAGUGGUUUGGUUGGAGCCGAGUUGGCAUUGCGGACCAUUCAGCGGUUACAACAGAAUCUAUAACAUUCUGACCAAUUAUGUUGAAUCCAAACUCCCGGAUACCAUCAAUAAAGUGGUCGAUUAUCUCACAUCUCCGGGCGCUGUAUUCCCAUUGCUAAUACUAUUAGUGCUGUUUAUCUAUUACUUGAUAUCAAUGGUCGGUUCACUCAAAGACUCCAACAAAGAGCUCAAAUCGCAAAUACGUAAGGAUAAGGACGUGUCAGAAGUGGGAGCACUGAAUGCGCCGGAGAUCGUGGCGGAACCGCCGCCCGAGAAGAAACACGUCCGCAUCAAAGAGGACACUAUCGACAACUCUAACGACAAAACUAAACUUAUCGAGAAUCCACACAUUGAACACAUCCCGCACUCAGUGGUGGCAGUGAUGGACGACGAAGACCUCCAGAUACUAACGCUUCCCUAUAAUAACGAUUUGCAGUCACUUUACAGUCAAACCAAUAAUAAUAUCGCUAUUGUUUUGAUUGUCUUUCAGUUCUUGCUUUUGAUCUCAAUCAUAUUAAUCAGUUUUUUGGUCCCUUUGAACGCCAAAAGUGUCGAGAAAUAUAUCGGUUUCGGCGGCGAAUCCAGUGAUAAGUUCUUUAGCCCCUAUUCGGUGACAAUCUAUUGUCAUAUACUGUUAUGGCUUCUCAUACUAUUGAUCCGGUAUUACAUGAGACGAGUCUAUUACCGAAGACUACGAGUGUUGGGUUAUUACAAACACCACCAAUUGGUCAAAACCCUAUCACUGAUCCCAUCGUUUAUAUUGCAUAAAACCAAUGCAUUGCUUCUCCUGUUGACCACAAUUCUCUAUAUCUACGAUCAAAAGGACGUCAAAAUUGGCCCUAAAAUACAUUUAAAAGAUAUUAAUUUUGAACAAAUCAUAAUAACGACAUCCGUAUUGAUUAUAACACCAUUUCUGGGCAAAUGGUUGUACCACGAGAUCCGGUUCCGCAAAGACCGCAAUCCGCCCGACAUUUUCUGCGUCGAAGACCCGCAGCGAUCGGUCACUUCGGCCGGACUUAACGAAAUCGGUGUCAGGCCGUCGUCCUAUUUGGAGGAUUUGCUGGAAAAACAGGCGGAUUUGAUAUAUAAUCUUAAACUACAAAAUACUCACUUAAGACAAAUGCUGUUUAAAGUGACCCAAAGGUCGUCCACUCGGGAGUCCCUUCAGUCCAGUUGAAUCCCAAUCGUUAUGUUUUGUCUACACUUUUCUCAAUGAUUUCUUAUUAAUAUAUUCUUCCAAUUAAUAAAUAGUCAAUUGUUUUAAUGUAAUAAUUAUUUGUCAUAUUCUUAUUGUUAAACAUCUGUUUUUAAUAUUUCUUAUUUGAAUCUAUUGUCUG